AUGCCCAGACCCCGUCUGCCUCAACGGGGUGUCGGAGCCUCUGCCGGGCUUCGCUCGGGCGAAUGUUUUCCGGGCGGCGCCGGGCCCUGGCGCGCGCCGUUUACACAACAACACGGGGAGAUGCGCGGCGUUCCAGUGUCGGUGGCUAUGAUGACACCUCAAGUGAUCACUCCCCAGCAAAUGCAGCAGAUCCUCCAGCAACAAGUGCUAACUCCCCAGCAGCUCCAAGUCCUGCUCCAGCAGCAGCAGGCACUCAUGCUUCAACAGCAGCAGCUUCAAGAGUUUUAUAAGAAACAACAGGAACAGUUGCAGCUUCAACUUUUACAGCAACAACAUGCUGGAAAACAGCCUAAAGAGUCGCGUUUCUUUUUAAGGCACGGAGUUCGCCUCUCUAGUCACAAAGAGUUCGAGACUUUCAUCUUUAAUCUGACAUUGGUGCUGGCUCGGCCCCAGCAACAGCAGGUGGCUACGCAGCAGUUGGCCUUUCAGCAGCAACUCUUACAGAUGCAGCAGUUGCAGCAGCAGCACCUCCUGUCCUUGCAGCGGCCGGGGGCGGUAGCCGGCCAGCCUACUCUGCCUUUGCAACCCCUCGCACAAGGCAUGAUUCCAACAGAACUGCAGCAGCUCUGGAAGGAAGUGACAAGCUCGCACACGGCGGAGGAGGCAGCCAGCAACAACCACAGCAGCCUGGACCUGUCCACCACCUGCGUCUCCUCCUCCGCGCCGUCUAAGACCUCCUUAAUCAUCAACCCGCACGCCUCAACCAACGGACAGCUAUCGGUCCACACUCCGAAACGGGAGAGUUUAUCCCACGAGGAGCACUCGCACAGCCAUCCGCUCUAUGGACACGGCGUAUGCAAAUGGCCCGGGUGUGAAGCAGUAUGUGAAGACUUCCAGUCAUUUCUAAA